CACUUAAUCUGCACCAACUAACGGUUUCUGGUCUAACUUCAUUUGGGUAUGACAACGGAAUGUGAUGAUUUUAGUUUCCUUGGCCUUGAACUUCUAGUUUACUAACGGUUUCUGUAUAUAGUCCUCCAUAUUACUCACUUGCUAAAUAAUUCUAAUAUCGAUUAUAUGCUUUGUUCUCAAGUAUUUCCUUUAGUUAAUCUGAUUGAUAAUUUCUGACUGUUGCGGUACCCUUUAGAAGGUACCAAAUUGACCUUUAGUUAAUAGUUCGUCAAAUCAUUUAUAAAUCUCAAGGUAUCUGUGCUAGAAGCUUGCUGUUUUUAUCUCUCUGGUUAAGCAGCACAGCAUGUAUCCUUUAAAUCAGAAACCCAGUUUUAGAAAGUGUGCUUCAAACUGAUAAAUUUACAUUUUCUUGGUAAGAUAAACAGAGAUGACCAAGGGGGCAGUAAAAUUUCUUCAGUUGGUUUGCACCUUCAGUGGGCCAUGGGGAAGAAUAUGUUUGUUUAUUUCGAUUAUACUUUAACUAGGGUGAAUUAUAAUGUGUCAUUUCAAAUGUAUCUUCUUUUGGAUCAUUAUCAGGAAGAGAGAGACAAGAAACGUAAAGCCUUGGAAGAAAAGAGAAGGUCAAAAGAACAGAAAAGCCUGGACCAUGAGAGAGGAUCGAGCAAGGACCGCGAUAGAGUUGAUAGAGGCGAUCGAAAGGAUUAUGAUCAUAGGAGCCGAGACCGAGAUAGGCAUUAUGAUCGCAACCAUGGUAAUGAUCGUGAACGUGUAAGAGACAGGGAGAGUUCUCGAAACUACAAUUCAAGGAGUCACCGGAGAUCUCGUUCCCGGUCAAAAGAACGGUCAAGAGAUUAUGAUCGCAACAAGUUCUAUAUUUAACGCCUCUCUC